AGCCGCCGGAAGUGGAAUAUAUGCUGCAUCCGGGUCGGGUCGCUUCACCACUCCGACGACAUUCCUUCUUCACUGUUUAGAGAAACAUAAUAUAAUAAAUAAUAGAAUACAGACGAUACGUUUAUGCACCGAGGAGCCAGGUCGGGAUCAGCUUCUGAAGAAUUGUGACCAUCCUGUGCAGUGGAGUAUGUUUGAGCCCAUGGGAGCAGAUAAAAGGCCCAGCCGGGGCGAACGCAGCGGGCGCUAUGGCUCGCUGGGGGGUAGAGAGGAGUCGGACCGGUACGAGAGCAGAAAGAGAGACACGGAAAGAGAUUCUGACCGCCGCUGGGGUGACGAGCAGGAGUGUUUCGAGGAGCGCAGAGACAGUCCUGAGAGGGGGAGAAAGCGGCACCUCAGUGACCGGUCCGAUGACGAGUACGACGCAGACUACCCAGACCAGGACUACAGGAUGGAGCCGGAGGAGGAGAGCAAGACGGUGAUGCUCCGGGGUCUGUCCCUGCACGUCGUUGAGGAGGACAUCCGACUGGCCCUGGAAGAGCUCCAGGGACCCCAGCCUGUGGACGUCCGCCUGAUGAGAAAGAGGACAGGUUUAAGCCGUGGUUUCGCCUUCGUGGAGUUUUAUCACUUGCAAGAUGCUUCCCGGUGGAUGGAGAACAACCAGAAUAAGUUGGUGAUCCAUGGGAAACCCGUUGCCAUGCACUACAGCAACAGAAGACAGAAGUUUGAGAACUGGUUGUGCAAUUCUUGCGGCUUGUAUAACUUCCGGAAGAGGCUGAAGUGUUUCAGAUGUGGUGCCGACAAAGUUGACGGGGAGUGUGUCGGGGCAAGCGGCGCCAACGAGUCUCUACAUACCGGAGAUUACAACGGAGACACCAUCAUUUUGAGAAACAUCGGGCCUCUUACCAUGGUCCACGCCAUCCUAAACCUGCUGGCGCCCUACGCCAACCUGUCUUCCGGAAACAUCCGGCUCAUCAAGGACAAGCAGACCGGGCAGAACCGGGGCUUCGCCUUCGUCCAGCUGUCCUCCCCGCUGGAGGCUUCUCAGCUCCUCACCAUUCUCCAGGGCCUUCAACCACCUCUCAAGCUGGACGGCAAGACCAUCGGUGUGGACUACGCCAAGAGCGCCCGGAAAGACUCGGCGCAGCCAGAGGGAGUCCGGGCCAACGCUCUGUCGGUGGCCUGCACGGCAAUCGCCGCGGCCCAGUGGUCCUCCAGCCAUCUGCAGCAGGGUCCGGGCGCCGCCCCGGACUACGCUCCGCUGCAGGAGGCGUACGCAGCGUUCCCUCAGGGGCAGAGCUACCAGGUGUGGCCGCAGCAGCCGGAAGCACCGGUCCCCAACGCUGGAGACGGCCUGCUAGGAGCUGCCCCUGGGGUGAAGGCUCUGCUCCCUGCUGCUGGCGGGGUGCUGCUGUACCAGCCUGUCCUCAUCGGCCAGCCGGCUAUACAGAGCCACCCCCUGCAGGGGCAGCUGGACGCGGGGCAGCGGAGGACCUCGGCCCCGGGCCCCGGGCCGGGGGGCCCCCUGCCCGGCCCCAGCCAGGCCGCCACCCCAGCGCUCCAGACCGUGGUCCCAGACAUGUCUACGUACCAGUACGAUGAGGCCUCAGGGUUCUACUACGACCCCCAGUCCGGCCUCUACUACGACCCCAGCAGCCAGUACUUCUACAACGCCCAGACCCAGCAGUACGUCUACUGGGACGGGGACACCCAGACCUACCUCCCCGCUCCCUCGGCCACGGACGCCCCCGCCGACCAGGCCUCCGCCAGCAGGCCCGCCCCCAGCGGCCCAGGCCCCGCCCCCGACACCCCGUCCACCAGAGAGGCCAGGGAGAAGAAGGAGAAACCCAAGAGCAAGUCGGCCCAGCAGAUCGCCAAGGACAUGCAGCGCUGGGCCAAGAGCAUGAACAAGCAGAAGGAGAGGGGCGGUCUGGGCCCGGCCCGCCAGGAGGAGAGGAAGGAGUCGGCCGCCGCGGACGCAGGAUUCACCCUCUUUGAGAAGAAGCAAAGUGGCCUCCUGGAUAUGCUGCCCUUCAUGAAGGAGCCGGUGAGGAUGGUGGAGCCGCAGGAGGUGGUGGCCCCGCCCCUGGUGGCCUCCUACAGCGGGGGGGACAGCGACCCUGAGGAGGCGGCGGGCGGAGAGCGCCUGGAGGAGGACGAGGGCCUGGUGGACUGGAGGAAGAUGGCCUGCCUGCUGUGCCGCCGCCAGUUCCCCAACGGGGACGCCCUGCGGCGCCACACGCAGCUCUCAGACCUGCACAAGCAAAACCUGGAGAUCCAGAGAAAGGGGAAGCUAACGGAGGCGGAGCUGGAGGAGCUGGAGAGGAGGGAGACGGAGCUGAAGUACCGAGACCGCGCCGCCGAGCGCAGGGAGAAGUACGGCGUGCCGGAGCCGCCCGCGCCAAAGAAGAAGAAGAGCUACGAGGCGCCAGCACCCACAGUGAACUACGAGCAGCCCACCAAGGACGGCUUGAGCAGCGACCACAUCGGCAGCAAGAUGCUGCAGGCCAUGGGCUGGCAGCAGGGCACGGGGCUGGGCCGCAACCAGCAGGGCAUCACCGCCCCCAUCGCGGCGUCCCUACGAACUAAAGGUACUGGUCUCGGCAUCAAGGGCAGUGCCUACGAGCUCUCAGCCUCUGACACCUACAAGGAUGCCGUGAAGAAGGCCAUGUUCGCCCGCUUCACGGAGAUCGACUGAGGUCGGUUUUCUCCAGCUGGACGUUCCUCAAGACGACCAUCAGGAGAUCGUCUAUCUAUGAUUUUUUUUUUUUUUACUCAAGACUCUUUAUAACUGCAAAAGAUAUAUUUUGUCUUUGUAAAUGCCUAUUUUUUUCUCCAAUUGAUUUAAACGGAUGCCAGGACUGCACUGUGUGCGGUUUGUAAAGUCUGUAUUUGUACAUAAAGUUGUGUUCGCUUCCCUUCUGGCUUGUGUUUGAUGUUCUGUCGUUCCUAAAGCCAUCCAGCAGACGGCCUGUCAUACGCUUCAGACUGUCAAGGGGCAGUCUUAGUUAGAUCAGAUCGAUUGGCCUUGUGAAAACCCACUAGGAGUUUAGUAAAACGUUUAAUAUGCUGAUCUACAGGUGGGAAGCGAUCAGAUCAAAAUAAAUUUGAGAUUAAUUUCAGAUUAGUGCAGAUUAAUUAGUUUGGGUUUUAAAACUGGAUAAACUUUCCAGAGUAUAGUCUUAUCCUAGUCACAUUUCUUUUCCUGAUUCAGUGACCAAACGUAUAGCUGCAAAUUUUUCUCGAAGAGAUGGCUUCAUAACUCUUUCCACUUGAUUACAUCCUGUAGCCUCUGCUUCCUGGAAACAGAUGUAUUAAUAUCACCACCAGAUCAUGUUACAGUGAUGAAUUACUCUAAUUGUACUAAUGAUCAAAUCCGUGGUAAUGUUCUGGUCCAUACUCCAGGUUAGUAAACUCUGCGGUCUUCGGCCUCUUAAUGUGUCCCUAUCACGGUGGUGCUUAUAUGUAAUGUUGGCAACUCUACCACAAUGUACAAAGAUAGUAAUGAUAUUUAAUUUGGGUUAUAAGCUAUAAUAAAAUCAGAGUUAAAAUACGGAUGACUGAAUCAUCCGUCCACAUUCUUGGACGAUGUUUGAGAGCAGGUCCAUGCUCGUCGAGGCUUAUCAUUAUUCUCUUGAAU